AUGCCGCCGCUCCAGAGAGAUCCACCGUUUCCUGGUGGGCCGGUUGAGUUGUCACUUCUGCAGCAUUACCCGGAUCACAUAGCGCCGUGGACGUGGCAUACCCUACUAGGCACCACUGACCCUCGUUAUUCUGAGCGAGGUGAUUUGAGGCUUGCCACUGCUGGUACGAAGCUCGGGCUGAUGACGUGUGAGGGGGACAAUUACAGGGAGGUCCGCUUGAUUGUGGAGAGGAGCGGACUGUAUCCACUGGUCAGGUGCAGCUAUGUAGAGACGGAUCCAGGGCUUAUAUCGGCCCUUGUGGAGAGGUGGCACGAGGAGACUAGUAGUUUCCACAUGCCAUUUGGGGAGAUGACUGUCACCCUUGACGACGUCUCCGCUCUUCUUCACAUCCCGGUUGGUGGGAGAUUCUACACUCCAGGAGUGGCCUCGAGAUAUGAUGUGGCAGAGACCUGCGCUUUACUGUUAGGGGGGGAUGCAGAUUUGUACAUGGCUGAGUUUGAUGUGAAGAGGGGUCCGACUAUGAGGUUCAGCUUCUUGCGAGACCUUUACCCGACAGCUGUUGCAGGUUUGUUUCAUUCAUUAUCUGAACUUUUUCCAACUAUUAUUUAUAUUUACUUAAUCAUAAUUGGUAUUACAUUGUAA